UUGAGUGUAUCGCACGCGCAUUGAACGAUAAUAAUAUUUAACAUCGAAAUACGGUUUUAAACGAUAAAAUAAAUGGCUUCGUUGUGUUAAAAGUGAUUUAAUUUGAGAACUAAAAGUGCACAGUGAACCCAUUAACAAAUUGAUCAUUGUUAAAUGUGAUGUCAACUGAAAAUGGCUGGCUGGAAGAGCUUCAGAGAAUGGAUAGGUCUUUCGAAGCCGCCCAAACGGGAGUUGGACAAGAGCCAGUAUUCGCUGGUAUCUUGCGGGGAACUUACCACGGACAACAUUCAGCUAUGGCUGGCUCUGCCUGACGAGGUGAAGAAUGAUCCUUCGUUGGCGUCCCUACGGCAGAUGUACGAGAGAGACGGUGCUGUAGAAGCUACACCGUUAGCCACAAAAUCGGGGAAUCCAAUCAAAGUACUGUCUUUAGUCGAUCCUUCGCCCACAGCAGUAGGAGAUACUGAAGUCUGCAGCGCGAAGAAAGACUCUAAUGAGACUCCCACGAUCACAGAAAUUAAAGGAGCGGACAAUGUACCAACAAACGAACAUAAGAAGACGGAAAAGAAAACGAAACCAGCCUAUUAUAUCAAGAUGACAGUUCUGCUGGCGUGCUGGAUUUUCUUCACAGUCAUCUUCCUGACGCACGACGUUAAGAAGGAAACGAGGGGCGUCGCGUCCGUAGCGCCCGACGAAGUAAAAACUAUGACGUCUGCAUCUCUAGAAACGUCGCGCCCCCACAGCAUCUUAAUCAGUGUGUCGGGACCAUUCUUGGCGGAGAACGACGAAAUCAAGCUCAAUGAUACAAUAAAAGAGAGAACCAAAAGCGUCACAAUGUGGCUUGAAAGCUCUCGAACGAAUGCUACGAAUUUGAAAGAGAAAUCCGAGAACUGGACAAUUUAUUUAGAUGAAGACGACACGUUGCCGGAUUUCGGUGGAGCUGAGACGAGAUCUGCGAUCUUGAAAUUGAGGCCAGGGAUAUCUGCGAACGGGAACUGCUCCCUAAAAAUUGUGACGACCUCGAGGGCUUUUGUAGCUUUUAGCGUGGCAUAUAAGCUGGAUCCAGUGGACGAGAAUGUGGGGGUCAUAUACGCCUGCGUCCUCCUCGUCGGACUGUACGUCUUAAUUAUCUUUGAGAUCAUCAACCGUACGCUUGCGGCCGUGACGAUGUCUACAAUGUCCCUCGCAGCUUUAGCUUUGGCUGGAGAUCGGCCCGCCCUGUCCGAAGUCAUAACCUGGUUGAACGAGGAAACCUUGAUCCUCCUCUUCAGUAUGAUGCUACUUGUUGCUAUUAUGGCUGAAACGGGAAUCUUCGACUUCUUGGCUGUAUUCACAUUCCAGGUGACCAAAGGUAAACUAUGGCCGCUGAUUCUGCUGCUAUGCGCCAUCACUGCAACGGUAUCCUCCAUAUUGGAUAAUGUUACCACCAUUCUCCUCAUGUCUCCAAUCACCAUACGAUUAUGCGAAGUCAUGGAGCUAGAUCCGGUGCCGAUCCUCAUGUUCAUGGCGAUAUUCAGCAACAUUGGAGGCACGGCGACCCCUGUCGGCGACCCGCCCAACGUGAUUGUGGCUUCGAACCGAGCUGUCAUCGAUUCUGGUAUUAAUUUCGCCAAUUUCACAGCGCACAUGGCUCUGGGAAUAAUAUUAGUGUUCUGUCAGACGGCCAUGCAGAUAAGAUACGUCUUCCGUGAUUCGAAUAAACUUAGACUGACAGUGCCCAAGGAGAUCAGAGGCCUUAGCCAUCAGAUCUCGAUAUGGCGGCGGGCGGCGGAUUCCCUCCCGCACCUCAGCAAAGACGUGCAAGUCGUCAGAGAGAGGCUCGAGAGGAAGAUACGGAAGCUGACCGUGGAAUUGGACGUCUUAAUCAAGAAGAGCAACAGCCGCGCUUGCCCCGAAGAGACAUUCCAAACUACCCUUAAAGAAAUGAAAGACAAGUACAAGAUAAGAGAUAAAGCUCUGCUGAUCAAAGCUUCAGUGGCCGUCUGCUUUGUGGUCGUGGUAUUCUUCUUGCACUCAAUGCCGGCUCUAGACCGCGUCUCUCUGGGCUGGACGGCGUUGCUGGGCGCGAUCCUGCUGCUGAUUCUGGCGGACCGCGAGGACUUGGAGCCGGUGCUGCACCGAGUCGAGUGGUCCACGCUGCUGUUCUUUGCGGCCUUGUUCGUACUCAUGGAGGCGUUGUCGAAACUGGGCUUAAUAUCGUACAUCGGAGGUAUCAUGGAACUGCUGAUUCUGAGGGUAGACGAGAGCUCCAGACUGGCAGUCGCCAUCUUGCUAACUUUGUGGGUUUCCGGUGUGAUAUCGGCUUUCGUUGACAACAUACCGCUGACAACCAUGAUGGUCCGCGUCGUGGUCUCCAUGGGAUCGAACUUAAAGCUCGACCUGCCUAUGCAGCCAUUGAUCUGGGCUUUAUUGUUCGGCGUCUGUUUGGGAGGUAACGGUACACUGAUCGGAGCCAGCGCGAAUGUGGUCUGCGCCGGCGUCGCGGAACAGCACGGCUACAAGUUCACGUUCGCCAGAUUCUUCAGGGUCGGAUUCCCGCUCAUGAUCGGGCAUUUUGUUGUAGCUUCCAUCUACUUACUGAUGUGCCAUUGCGUUUUCAGUUGGCAUUGAAGUUUGGCUUCCACUGAUUGGCGAGUCUCCAUGCCUUUCGUGAGCUAAGCUUUGCUGAGGGCAUUACCUUAAAGGCGCCUCCAGCAUCGCUCACAGAUGAGAGGUAGCCUCUCAUAUAUCAAUAUCACUAUAUCUGGUCAGACAUGUAUCAACAAUAUUAAUUUUGACAACGACAUUAGUAUUAUUAAGUAAGAUGUGGAUUUAGAAAUUGAAUCGUUUAAAUAAUAAAUAAUUUGUAUACAGCGGCUUGGCUUUGCCCCUGGCACU